AUGCACUAAAGGCUGAUAACACAGAGGUGAGGAGGGAUAUGCGACCGAACUCACCCCAUCCAUUUCCACAACACUUCCUUUACAAAGACGAAAGGCUGUGCAAGUAAGCAUAGCUUUUUCUUUACAGUGACGAGAAGAAGGCUGGGCAGGAAAAUGUUUGCCGUGAUCUUCGUCGUGGCGCUUCUUGGAGGGCCCGCGCACGGACUUGACAGGAAUGACGGAGUCGGCGCCUUGGACAACAACGCCAACGUCGAAGACGCCAACGCCUACAUCGACUCGGUUCUCGAGUUCGAGCUGCCGAAACACACGGCGAAGCUCGAUCCGCUCAAGGCGCGUAACUUUCAGCCGGUCAACGGGCACCACCUGAACGGCACCAACAUGAGGUUCGUCUUCUUCAGUGUCACCGGUCUUCGAGAUAUCAGCCGCGACGGCGACUGCCAGCUGACCCGCGCCAACGAAGAACAUCCGACCACCCUGGAAUGCAACCUCGCCACCGAACUACGUUACGACGUCGUUGCUGAGCUGACGUACCCGAACGCGACGCUGCGCAAGGUGAAGAUAAACGGCACCUUCGAGGGCGUCAGGGGUCCGCUUACCGUCACGUUCGAGAGAUCGCUGCCGGCCAAAGUCGAGUUCUCGCCUCGCUACGACGCCAUGUGGGACAGCGUGUCGGCGGGGCGAAAGGCGCGCCCCACUUGGUACGCCGUGAUGGAGCGAGAGCUUCACCUGCAAAUGAUGAACGUGUUCGAGUACGCGACAAAACGAGUCUUUGCCAAGGCGAUGCUUAACGCGGCUAAAGAAGUUCCGUUCCCCGAGUGAAGCGAGAAGCGAUACCGAACGCCCCAACGAAACAUCUCCCUUUCGCGUAUAUACGGGCUCUCAAUCUCCGUAAUUACCAAGGCGGCCACGUCAGCGUAGAAAUCGGUCGCUUUCAACGAAAAGUCUCCUCAAAAUUUUGGAAUAGUAAAUCUGUGGUGCAAGAAUGCCCCAGUGUCCAACUGUAUUAAGUACGACUGUCACUAUUGUAACAAAAAACAAACAAACAAAGAAAUAAAAAAAAUAAAAAAGUGCGCAAAACUAA